CUCACACUACUUAUCAACUGUCUGUCCUGACAAGACUGAGACAUCAGAUGUCCGCAGGAAAUAUGGAACUUGAGGGAAAAAUAAAAAUGAAGGAGCAAUGUGCCCUGAGGAAGGACAUCAUCAAAGAGUUCCUGGCAGAAUUUCUGGGGAUAUUCGUGUUAAUACUCUUUGGAUGUGGCUCGGUGGCCCAGACAGUGCUGAGUAAGGGAGCUCUGGGAGAACCCCUGACCAUCCACAUCGGCUUCACUCUGGGUGUGAUGAUGGCCGUCUACGUGGCUGGGGGAGUGUCAGGGGCUCAUGUGAACCCAGCAGUCUCUCUGGCCAUGGUGGUCCUGGGCAAGCUGCCUAUAAAGAAGUUCCCUGUCUACGUGGCAGCACAGUUCCUGGGUGCCUUCGCUGGAUCUUGUGCUGUCUAUGGGUUGUAUUACGAUGCCUUAAUGGAACACACAGGAGGAGUUAUGCAAGUUACUGGCAUCAAUGCCACAGCUAAUAUAUGGGCAUCCUACCCUGCCAAGCACAUCUCAGUCCUUGGAGGAUUCGUAGACCAGGUGAUAGGAACAGCUGCCUUGAUCCUGUGCAUUCUGGCCAUUAUUGAUGGGAAGAACAUUGGAGCUCCUAAAGGGAUGGAGCCACUGUGCAUUGGCCUGAUCAUAAUGGCCAUCGGAGUGUCCAUGGGACUCAACUGUGGCUAUCCCAUCAACCCUGCUAGAGACCUGGGCCCAAGGCUCUUCACUGCUGUGGCCGGAUGGGGCAUGGAGGUGUUCCGUGCUGGAGGCUGCUGGUGGUGGAUCCCAGUAGCGGGGCCCAUGGUGGGAGGAGUGGUGGGAGCCGCCAUUUACUUCCUGUUCAUCGAGCUGCACCAUGCCAAGCCUGAGAAACAGGGGGAGAACAACGUCAAGGACAAAUAUGAGAUGGUCACCCUGAGUUAGACAGAGAGGCCAUGAGCACCAAUGGUACUGAGGCUUGGCAGCUUCCUACCCUUUUAACCCUCAACAGGCUAAACAUUCACUUCAAUGAGGCCACACUUGACACAACCUUCUCUGCUUGCACUAGAGUCAUUUCCUCUGUCUAAGGGACCUGUGGUCAGGUCUCAGUCUCUACACUAUCAUGAACAGGUCCGCUGAAAGAAUGCCAAUUGAGCCAAAACAUAAAAAAUGAAAAGACGUAUGUAAUGUUAAAUUCACAAUUACAAGCUGAGAUCUCAGGCAUGUUUACUAGCCCAUGACAUCAUCAUCAGGUGUUCAGACUAUCCAUUCUACUCUGAGGAUAGUUCCUGAGUACAGUGAUUUUUAAUAAUUUAUAUUGCAUCUCUUGUAUAGGGCUAUUUUUCAUUGCAGGAGGAAUUUGCCAAGUUUGAAACCGUCUCAUUAUUUUCUAUCUUUCAGGCAGAGGUGAUGGUAAAUGUUAUUAACCACAUUAAUGGCAAAUGUUAUUAACAACAUAGAAAAUAGCCAGUAACAGUUUCUGUGAUGGAAGGAAGGAAGUGUGUAUAUUUUUUGGUCAUUGAGCUAGUUUAAUGGUAUGCUCUCUGGAGUGUCUUCCCUCUUCUGCUUCACUUCAUCCAUCUAUUUGUUACAGUUAUGUGAAUCGCUCUGCCUGCUGCGACACACAGCCUCAUCACUGCAUAUGUGCUAUAGCUAACACACAUCUAUGUAUUUGUGCUUUGAAAUGCUCAUAGUCUUUUUUCCUAGCUUUUAUUUUUAGAGUGCAGAAAAAACAGACAAUGUGUGUGAAAUGAGCCUCCCACCGUUCUGUGUGUACUCUCUCUCUCUCGUUGAGCACAGAACUGUGUAUCGUGACACGGCAUCACUUCUAAAUGAUUUUUAUCUGACUUUUAUUUCCUCUUAUAACGUUCUUGCUGUCAUGUGCACACAUUUUCAUAGAAGCAUGAGUAGGGAAGCCUAGUAUCUACAGUACCUAGCAUGAGUAGGGAAGCCUAGUAUCUACAAUACCUAGCAUGAGUAGGGAAGCCUAGUAUCUACAAUACCUAGCAUGAGUAGGGAAGCCUAGUAUCUACAAUACCUAGCAUGAGUAGGGAAGCCUAGUAUCUACAAUACCUAGCAUGAGUAGGGAAGACUAGUAUCUACAGUACCUAGCAUGAGUAGGGAAGCCUAGUAUCUACAAUACCUAGCAUGAGUAGGGAAGCCUAGUAUCUACAGUACCUAGCAUGAGUAGGGAAGCCUAGUAUCUACAAUACCUAGCAUGAGUAGGGAAGCCUAGUAUCUACAGUACCUAGCAUGAGUAGGGAAGCCUAGUAUCUACAAUACCUAGCAUGGACAUGUUUUAAUAAACAAUGUACUGUAUGAAGAGUCCAAUGAGAGAUAGUUUACUCCACUGGCCAAUGGCCAUAUGGGAAUGUAUAAAAAUGGUUUGUUUAUCGUAAUUAUUACGUUAUUCCUCCAAUGAUGUGACUAGGAUUUAACCACUGAGGAACUCCUACGCUAUGACCAAUAGUGAACUGGACAAUAACAGAAUAACAUCAGUACAACUUCCAAGAAUAGAGCCCUCAGACGAAAACACUCAAAUGAACCAAGUCCUUCCAACCUAGUGAUGUUAUUUAGCCAUGGGUGGGCAGAGGAACAUGGCUGGGCAGAGGAACACAAGUUCCCUAUUCCCAGAAGAGCCCUCACCAAUGAAACACAUAGCAUUUUAUAACCUGUAUGUGGCUUACUACUGAACCAGAUAUAAUUCGUAGGGAAAAAUGUAGCUCUUUAGAAAUGAUUUUCUCUAUUAUUUUACACCUUUGUUACUUAGUGGUUUAGUUGCUGUAGUUUCUUAUUGUAGUUAGUUUUUUGUUUAAAGAAAUUGCUACAUGUACUUUGGAUGACUACAUGAUGCUAGCUUGAUUCUCCUGAGAUUCAACCUUUGACGCUAGCUUGAUUCUCCUGAGAUUCAACCUUUGGAUGACUACAUGACGCUAGCUUGAUUCUCCUGAGAUUCAACCUUUGGAUGACUACAUGACGCUAGCUUGAUUCUCCUGAGAUUCAACCUUUGGAUGACUACAUGAUGCUAGCUUGAUUCUCCUGAGAUUCAACCUUCGGAGGAGUACAAUGUUUUAUGGCUGUUGUUUUUCUGUUGCUUCACUUGACUUAAAAAAAUGAUAAAAGGCACUUUUACUCACACAAUUUUUCUCAGAUGCUAUUUGAUAAAAGUUACUUGUUUGUGAAGGUAAUUUUGUAAUUUAUACAACUGUAAUGUA